AUGGAUCGUGAUCGCUAUGAUCGAAGGUAUGAUGAUGGUCGGCGAGGAGGUGAAAGCUACCGCCCUGGAGACCGCGUGCCUCGGCGCUCUCCACGCCCCGAUAUUCGAUUUGGCCGCUCUCCUGUUCGAAACCGUUCACCGCCCCCAAUAAGACCUACUGCGGAUACAUGGGCACCGUCCGAUCGAGCACGACCACGAAGCAGGUCGCCUGGCACCUUCAGACGCCGUUCGAGAACCCCCCCUUUCAGAGGAAGUGAUAGAGCACCUGGAUAUGUUGGCCGGCCUCGAUCGCCACCGCCGCCAAGAAGAUUUUCUCCUCGACGAGAAAACGGACGGAGUCCUCCAAGACUUUUGAGACGCUCUCGGUCUCCUCCGGGUGCUCUGCCACCGCGUAGACCUUCGUUCUCUCGAGGGGCUAGUCCUGGCUUGAAACGCGUGCGCGAACCGUCGCCUGUGGGCUAUUCGCAACGAUCUCCAAAAAGAGAACGCUUUGCCUCGCCUCCUAGAAAUCGUUAUGAUAGACCUCGUUCGCCGCCACCCCGACUUGGGGACCCACGACUACCGGAUCACAUUCGCCCACGAAGCCCUGAUCGACGAGAACCUCCAAGGGAAUCAUAUGGCUGGAGAAGCUGGCGUCGUCGUUCACCGUCUCCUCCACCUCGUUCCGGUCCAAAUUCUGGUCCAGGCUCAUCAUCUGCAUCCCGUCGCUCCUCCCCGCCGCCUCGCAUGGACCGACCAGCACGAGAAUACGGCGGCUCUACAACGCAUGCUACUACGUAUCAAAGCAGGUCGCAACCUUUUACCGGAGUCCCUCCUCGUUCGCCCCUGCAUUCGAGCAAGCCAACUUCGCGCCUAGGUGGUACGACUCGGGCCAUCUCCCCACCCAGGGAACCAAAAAGUACCUUUGCCAAUGCAUCCUUAAGCCGCCCCGGAGAGAGCACCUCUGAUGCCAGUGUCAAUCUUCAGACGCCCACAAAUGAUGACCAGGGGCCGAAGACAAUAUCCCAAGUGCCAAGCGGCGGUAGAGCACAAGCUACGUCUCCUCCUCCCGCUCCAAAAGGAGUGGGUUUGUCAGUACGCGGUGGCCACGCAGCCCUCCUUUCAGCUCCAACACGUCCCAAAGGCUCCUCAGGAACCCCCCAUUUCAGCAGAGAUCUUGGUCCGCGUGAUUCACCUAGAGGUGGGAAUAUCCGUCGUCCAAGUCACGGACCACCUUAUCAUACUUCAACCCCUGGAGGUCGUGGGAUGCCUUCUCCAAGUCCUGGGGGCUACGAUUCACACCGCCCGGCCUUUCGACAUGGAAGCAGUUCAUCUACCACAUAUCCUCGCACACAACGGUUCGCGAAUCACCUUUCAGGAUUACCAAGUGUCGUUCCAGGAGGUAAACUUAUUCCUUCCGGCCUUGACCCCGCUUUCGAGAAGCGCAUUUCACAGCUUGAGGCCGACAAAGAGCGACUUUUGGAACAAAUUGCUGAAAAGCAGAGAUCAAAACGUGCGUCGUUGAGAGAAUGGGACAAAUUGAGCCGUGAGAGUGCCACCGGAGCGUUGAGAAGUGAACUUGCAGAGGGACAUUUGCAGCGGAUGGCGGAGGGCGAUGAUAUUGGUGGUGGUGCGGCGUUUUAG